AUGGAUAACACAGACGUUAUCGAAAGCAUACGCGUGACUGACUUUGAGGGCGAAGAGUGGCCUUGCUUCGUCUUCCCUGAUCACUCUGUGCCUCCUGGCGCAAUCGAGCCCAAGCCCAAUCAGCAUGCUCUACCAGUACUCGUUCUCCAGAGACACCACUUCGAAUGGCGCAGCCCCGAUGCGACUCAUGAUUUCGACCCUUGCCAGACGAGAGAAUUUGUCGCCUCUCGUGCCGACAAAGACCGCGAGCAGGCCUUUGAAGAGGCUAUGCAGUUCUACAGCAUGAAACACUAUCACGAAGUGGCCUGGCAGAAGCAAGCCGCAAAGGACAUGGCCAUCGUUCUGGACAGUGACGAAGACGUCAGCAUCAUUUCGGUGACCAAGAAGAAACGACCCUAUUCAGCAGUCUUCAAACGCCCUGGUCUACCAUCUCCUGACCCGACUCCCAGAAAGAAAGGCAAACCAUCACCUAAAGCCACUCCCGCACUUCCAUUCGAAGAAGAAGACGACGAAAUCGAUCUCCCCGACCCAUCAACCUUUACACCCACCAGAAGACAAGACCUUAAGCUGGCCCCACCUAAGUGGAAGCCAAGCGGCAAGCUGCCCAAGGUCGCCCGAGAUGACUAUGUCACAAGAAAGCAGCUCGAGUUGCUCAUGAUGAAGAAGGGAGACGGCAAGUCUGCCACGCCUGAGAAGGCCAAAGCUCUUGAGCCGGUCAAAGAUCCCCUCAAGGUCAACAUCUACGUCAGCGACGAGAACAAGCUCUUUGUUCUAGACCGAGCUCUCAUCCAAAAGUACCCUUCAUUCAAAAAGCACAUUACUGGAGAUAACAAGGACGGCUUCGAAAUCCGCAAUGCAACCUUCAAGAAGUUCAAACUUGCAGCAUUCGAGUCUCUGGUGUCUUGGCUCAGAACUGCCGACUACGCUCCUCGCUUGAUCGAAGGCAAACACCCCCACCUCGAAAGCGUCAAGAGCGUCAGACAAUUCGAAGAUACUGCUGAAGAGGCAAGCGUCCUCUGGGAAGUCGCUCACAAACUUGAGCUCACCGAUCUGCAAGAGCUCAUCUACCGCAAGAUCGAGGUCCAGACGCCUUUGGCCCCAAAGUCACUGCUCAUGUUCACUCGCAUGAUAUUCUGGAAUUCACCUACCGACGCUGAAAUCGAUGACAAGAUGCGCCGGAUGCUGCAACGGGAAAUCGCCGCUCGCUGGCAUGAGCUCAUUGACGAAGAGAAUAUGAUUCUUAAUCGUUUGAUCAAGUCAAAUGUUGAGCUGGCCAACUUCAUCUAUACAUAUCAACUCGAGCAUCCUUACGAGGCAUCUGCUGAGCACGUUCCAGAGAGUGACGAGGAUGAUGCUGAGGAUGAUGACGAUGAAUGA